AUGGAGACCGGAGCUGGCAAAUGGAGGAAAUUCAGCACAUGCCGUCCCACAUACGCUGCCAUCUUCCUCUUCCUGGUUGUGUUCGCUGUGUACUUCCUGCAACGUAACAUCGGCGCGCUGAUGAGCCAACAACAUGCUCUUUCCACGGCCUCCCUCAACCUGCAGACAGCUGUCUUCCUCUCCCUUCCUGCUAUUCCCAGAGCUGAAACAGCAAGUUCAUCAGCAAAACAGAGAAAAAAAGCAACUGGAGCUGCCAAGUCUCAGGAAACUCCUAGUAACAGCAGCUGGACCAGCACAGGAAAUCCCCCAGCAGGUGGCGCUGCAGGGUCUCAGAAUAAAAUCACCCCCACCACUCCUGUCCCAAACCGCCAACACAUCAACUGCAGCCACCACCAGCUGUCGCCUGAGGAACGCCACCUGCUGAACUCCAUCGCAUGGCCUGAAACCCCUCAUGUGCCUGUACCCGUGUCCCUAAACACGACCUCUGACCCCGCCCACAGCACCUUCACAAUCCUGCCGGUGAGGGCAGGAGGUCAGUGGCAUGUAGGCGACGAACUUGAGGCUCUUAUCCAAAUCGGUGACUUCCAGGGUCAUCCAAAACAGUACGGGGGAGAUCUUGUGAUUGCUCGCCUCCAUGACCCGACACUCAGUGCAGGUGUGGCAGGGCGAGUGGUGGACCACCUGAACGGCUCCUACACCGCUGUGUUUCCAUUACUAUGGGAGGGACGAGCACAAGUUGAGGUGACGCUGGUUCAUUCCAGUGAGGCCAUCACUGUGCUGCACCGGGUAGACAGGGAACACCCAGCCCGGCAAUUCUUCUUGAGCCUCUUCCAGUCCGGCUCUGUCUCUGAAACUGUGGUUUGUAACUUCUGCCUGCCUCCCACCCAGCCGCUGUGCAACUACACCGACCUCCACACGGGGGAACCGUGGUUCUGCUACAAGCCAAAGAAGCUGAGCUGCGAUACCAGGAUCAACCACUAUAAAGGAGGCUGCAAUUAUAAUCUCAAGGCCAAGGAGGUGACACUGUUUCAGAGUGGGGUCAACAUGAAAGUCAUCAUUCAAGCUUCAGGUCCAAGCAACGUUACUGUGCUGCCAAAGAAGAAAGGACAACCAGAGGUUAAGAGCAGCACCGUGAAGCCUGAACCCGCUGGAUAUUACUACCAGGGUGCAUGGCAAGCACUAGGGGGCACCACAGUUCGCCAGUUCAGCGAUUCCUCUGCCAUCAGCCAGUGUCUGACAGGCAAGGUGGUGAAUUUGUACGGCGACUCCACCAUGAGACAGUGGUUUGAAUACCUCAACAGUGUGCUGCCAGACCUCAAGGAGUUUAACUUGCGCAGCGACAGGAGAACCGGACCGUUCAUGGCUGUGGACAUGGCACGAAGCAUCUUGGUGAAAUACCGCUUCCACAGCCCUCCAAUAGUCACUUGGUCAAAAUUCCCAACCAAUGAGCUGCGCUAUGUUGCCAACGAGCUGGACGGCAUGGUCGGAGGCCCCAACACUGUCGUGGUUUUCAGCAUCUGGGCUCACUUUGGCACUUUCCCCGUCGAGGUGUACAUGCGGCGACUGCUGAGCAUCCGCAGGGCGGUGUUGCGGCUGCUGGACAGAGCUCCCGAGACACUGGUGGUCAUCCGGACAGGAAAUCUGAGGACCAUGACGUUUAUGUUUGCAAUGACCAACAGCGACUGGUACUCACUGCAGCGAGACAAGGUGCUCCGGGCCGUGUUCAAAGGGCUGAAUGUUCGCCUGGUGGACGCCUGGGAUAUGGUCCUGGCCCACCACCUGCCCCAUGAAAUUCACCCACGACCCCCCAUUAUCAAGAACAUGAUAGACGUCCUCUUGUCCUACAUAUGCCCUAAAAAUAAAGCCUAGGUGUGUUUAUGGUGGGAGAAAGAGGGGAGUACAAGUGCACAAUUUGUGUGGAAACAAUAGAAAUUGGGCCUCAUUUAUCAAUGUUUUGUGAAGGACUGUAGAUUUGAGCAUCAGGAGGGAAAGAUUUCCUCCAUGUGCAAAUUGUGAAGCAGUCACACUUCUUCAAAACGAGCGAUGAUGUGAUCACAAAUCAGCACCAACCAUGAAACCAGACAUUGUACUGAUCAUACUAAGUGAGAUCUUUUUUUUUUUUUUUACCUGUUCAAAUAUUUUCCUGUCUGUUGAAAAUCUACAUGCACUCAGACCAGACGUGAAUUUGAUCUAAUUGAUACACAAAAGAUGACAUUGGUAAAUGAUGAUCCUGUGAGUGAAAUUAACAAACAUUUUGUAAUCAUAUUUGAUGCGACACCAUUUUGAUAGAUGAUACCCCGUUUAUGUUGAAGAGUUUAGUUUAGCACACCGGAGCCACUGAUCUACCAGGGACACAUGAGUGAUGUUUGUCUCUGACACAGCAGGUCAAUCAGCCGAGUGGGCAAUAUCUGAAAAACUUGUUACAAGUAAAAAAUGUAAUACUGUACAUAAAUCGGGCUGAAGUUAGUUCACUUAACCACUAAUCCUGCUUCAUGACCCAGGCCUGGCAGUGUAUUUUUAUUUGGACAUAUGUAAGAUUGCAGUGUUUUAUUUUUGACAUCUGGUACGACAUAAAGUGUAAGUCAGGCUGUCAGGUGUUAACAAAGUAAAUAAAACAGCCAUUAUCUGUGUGAUUAGGCUGACAUAAUUGAAGUUAUGAA